AAUGCUGACGAACAGAGUGCUAAAGUAUUUUUAGUGAAUUCCUAAUAUAAAAUUGCUACAUACGUCUAAGUAUUAACGAGUAACUGUACUCGUCAUACAUAUUUAUUUUAGUGCUAUGGUGAUAAAUUACAGUUAUUUUUAUUAAAUAUUUUGUUGUUAUCACUUUACGUUAAUUGUUAAAUCAAUGUAUUUAUAAAAUUUAUUUUCGAAUUAAUCCAAAUAGGGUUUAGUGCUUGUUUUUAAAUAAUUGUUAUGGUAUCGGAAGUACUUAUUGUUUUUCUAUGAUAAAAAUCGAUAUUGAAUGUAACUUUGACAAGAGUGAUCAGUGAACUGCAUGCACAUAGCCUGCUGUUUAUUCAACUGAUAAGCGAGCUCAAUGGGAACAAGUUGAAAUUAUUGUUCUAAAUCCUGCUUAAAUCAUACAUAAAAUGGCAAAAUGUGGUGGGAAAAAAUGCAGACUACUGUCAAUGUUAUGGCUGACAGGCAGUUUCUUUAUAGUGGAACUUGUAGUUGGUUAUGUCACCAACUCUAUGGCUCUGGUGGCAGAUUCAUUCCAUAUGCUGAGUGAUGUAGCAGCAUUGGUUAUUGCAUUUUUAUCAGUUAAGAUGUCGCCAAAGAAAUGGUCAAAGAAUACCUUUGGGUGGGCGCGCGCUGAAGUAUUAGGUGCGCUCGUGAACGCCGUGUUCCUCGUGGCCCUGUGCUUCAGCAUCACGGUGGAGGCGGUGCAAAGGUUCAUCAACAUCGAGGAUAUCCACAGUCCGCAGCUGUUGGCGGCCGUCGGGACACUGGGCCUCAUACUGAACGUUGUUGGACUGUUCCUAUUUCAUGAGCACGGAAGUAGUCAUGGUCACUCUCAUGGUGGUGUACCUCCCCCAUCUAACGUCCGCCAUCUGACAGAGCUUGUGAACAGCAACGCGGACAUGGCGCUGGGGCACCCACCGACUGACACUGAAGAAACUGACGAGAUGGUUCCACCCAAGAGCAAGAUGCCGAGCAAACAGGCUCCACGAACCACAGACCCUGGCCACUUGAACAUGAAGGGCGUCUUCCUGCAUGUCCUCUCCGAUGCUUUGGGCUCGCUUAUAGUAGUCGCAUCAGCGCUGGUGGUAUGGCUCACGGAUUGGAAGUACCGGUCCUACAUCGACCCGGCGCUCAGUAUCGUUCUAGUCAUUCUCAUACUGGCCUCUGUGUGGCCGUUGCUCAGAGAAUCUGCGCUCAUUUUGCUGCAGACUGUACCCACGCAUAUACAGGUGGAUGCAAUUCAAAGGCGGCUACUGGAGAAGGUGGAUGGUGUUCUGGCGGUCCAUGAGUUUCAUGUGUGGCAGUUGGCGGGAGACCGGAUCAUCGCCAGUGCACAUAUCAGGUGUAGAAAUCUAUCGGAAUAUAUGAAGAUAGCUGAAAAGGUGAAGGAGUUCUUUCACAACGAAGGGAUCCACUCUACGACGAUACAACCGGAGUUCGUGGAGUUGCCCUUGGAUGGUAACGAGAUGAUAAGUUCGUCUGCAGAGGCGCCGUGCGCGCUACAUUGUCCGCCUAACGACCUCUGUCAUAACGCGACGUGUUGUGGGCCCAACCAACAGAAACAAAGCACACCGUCGCCAGUAGUGACACCUUAUCUCUGUAGACAGAGGAAUAUGGGCUCCCGGACUGAAUCCGUCAAUUCAAAUAUUGACGGCACCGAGCAGGGGCCCACCACCAGGAACUUGGAUGCAUUAGAAUGCGGCUCCUUGUUACCAUCCCCGAUGGGUGAGACACGCCUGGCGGUCUGACAGGCGGCGAGACCUGAACCCCAACCACCACCCUACAGCUGUGAGAGCACCACCCAAAAUAUCUUUAUUAUAUUUGUAUCUCUAUAAACACUUAUGCUUUCUAAAAUGCAUUUGAUUGACUAUUUAUUAUUGUUUGUUUUAAACAAUUACAACAACGCUUAAAAGCGUACGCAAACGUUGAUAGAAAUAAAUUGUUAAAUAUGACGCGAGCGAAGCUUUUAAUUUAUGUUAAUUACUUUGAAGUUAUUGUAUUGUAAAUUAAGUAAUUUUUACGCACAUACACACGAGUAUGGAGGGUAGAGGUAAGGAGAAUCUUCUGUGUAUAUCAAAAAGUGUCCGUCAAAAUGCAUUAAAUUAGGGUGGCGCUACAAUAGCAUCACGGUAGAUCGUACGUAGAGGUACGUAGAUGAAAAUAAGGGACGCGACGAGCAGGACGUUCAGCUGAUGGUAAUUGAUACGCCCUGGCCAUUACGAUGCAGUGCCGCUCAGGAUUCUUGAAAAAUCCCAAAAAUUCUAAACGGCACUACAACUGCGCUCGUCACCUUGAGACAUAAGAUGUUCAGUCUCAUUUGCCCAGUAAUUUCACUAGCUACGGCGCCCUUCAGACCGAAACACAGUAAUGCUUACACAUUACUGCUUCACGGCAGAUAUAGGCGCCGAGUCUCCCACUAAUCACUCUAGGUGCACGUUUCCCCAUAUUAAUUCUUUAAGGUUAUAUAUCCAUACAUUAUUCUGUACAACGUAAGUUGUUGAAAGUUUCAAUAAUGAACUACUUUAGUCGACAAUAAUAUUAUUUUUUUAACUACUUCAAUUCGUUUAUAAUGGCUACAUCAUACUAAUCAUCAUACUUCAUACCAUACUCUGCGUCUGCACCAGCGCCAUUGUGGAAACUUUUCCAGUGAGAGGCUCCUUUACACAGGAUGCCGGCUAGAUUUUGGGUACCGCAACGGCGCCUAUUUCUGAAGUGAAGAACACUGCAGUGUUUCGGUGUGAUGGGCGCCGUAGCUUGUGAAAUAACUGGGCAAAUGAGACUUAACAUCAUAUGUCUCAAGGUGACGAGCGCAGUUAUAGUGCCGCUCGGAAUUUUUGGGUUUUUCAAGAAUCCUGAGCGGCACUGCAAUGUAAUGGGCAGGGCGUAUCAAUUACCAUCAGCUGAACGUCCUGCUCGUCUCGUCCCUUAUGUUCAUAAAAAAAAACACUUUUGCUACUUUUCUACCAAAUGAGAUGUUUCUCCUACCCUCCAUAGACGCGAGAUAUACAAAUUUAUUUCUACCCACCAUUUACACCAAAAUGUAAAUACAAUCAUUUUUGAUGUUAGAUUACAGUAAAUGUUUCAGUUGUUUCAAUUCAUAUAGAAAUAUGCAUAUAAAUAGCAUUUUAUUAUUAAGUAGAAUUUUAAGGCUAACGCCAAUAAGAAUGUAUUGGCGAGAGAACUAUAUAGAGUCCUUAUUAACAGUUUUAUUUUGAGCGUUCAUUAUUUUCUAUAUACAUACAGGGAGGCGCAAAAGUAUUGUAGUAAUGAAAAAUGGCUACCAUUUUGUUAAAAAAUAAAAAAAAUUAUCUGUUUUCACGAAAAGUUUUUUUUUUUUUAUUUAUUAUAAACAAAUUACGUUUAUAUUUUCACAAUUUUUGUACAAACCAUAUACUCAAUCGAGUUUUACUGUGAAUAACUUCGUCAAAAUAUACAAUAGGUAUUAUUUAUAUUUAAAGUGUAAUAUAAAAUAUAAAUAUAAUAUUUAAAAUAUCGGUCGGACCGGUGAAGUAUUUGACAACACAGCUCGCUCGUGAGUUUCGAUACCUACUUGGGAAGCGAGACAGGCCUGAUGCCGCUUAGAAUAUACGGUUAUUCGAGAAUUCUGUGGCUUGUUUCUCACCGUCAGUGAAUUUUAUGUCUCGUCACUUUAUCAUAUAAAAUGAAAAAGCUAUUUUACCAUUUGGGAGCCAAUUUACAUUGUGAUAGUACCAGCCACCCUAUAGUAGGAAAAUAAUAUUACGAGCUGUUGCAUGGCCGGGUCCAACUAUAGCAAACGAAAAAGAACGUUCGUUCGUUCGCUGUCUGUGGACAAGGCCUAAUGUACUAUCGACAAGCCUGAUCCAUCUUAAUGUCAUUUUCAUAUACUCCACAAUAAUCAAUUAGAUCAAAAUUUGCUUGAACAAACAUUUCCUGAGUAUCUCUUUUAGAUCAUUUAUACGUCUAGAUCAGGCUUUCUAAAAAUAUGGGGGGCAUUGGCGCAUCGGGAGCGAUGGUUGAUUUGUAAUGUCAUUUAGAUACUUUCCCCCUUAUUCAUAAUGGUCCGCUAACUUUAAACAGCCGCUAAGGAGUGUUUUUUCUCAUUCUGACUUAGGUCAAUAGAAGAAGACAGAGUGAGAAUUAGCAAUGCUUUAAGUUAGCAGACUAUUAUGAAUAAAGGGGUUUAUAUUUAAAAUUUCGAAUAAGGGUGUCUGUGCACUCAUCCGUGAUUUUACGGUCAAUCAAUUUUGUCGAUGGUACAUAACAUUGUAUUUUUUAUAAUACCAUUUAUUAUUACUAAAAUACGUUCUAAAUUCGUAAUUAUUGUGAAGUGCAAAUAAGUUUAGCUAUACUGUUACAAGCCGCGCCAAUAGAUAAAGCGUUUUAGUGGCCCUAGUAUAUAUAUUAGUACCUACUACUAGUAUGUUCUUUGAUAUAAGAUUCGUAUCAUUUCUGACGUUUUUAUAUUUUUAUUUUAUAUUACCAAUGGGAAGGCUCUGUAUUUCUUAAAUACUUUUGUUAAAUAUAUUUAUUUUAAUUUGUACGUCGCUUACUUUGAUUUUUGCCGUCUUCAGUUUAAUUAUUUGUUAUUUUAGCGGCAAUAGUAACUAAAACACUCUUUCAGCACGCAUUUUACCUCACAUUAAAUUAUUCUGUCAGUACGGAACCCAAAAAAAAAUAGAACGCCCUAAUUGAGUCGAAUUUCACAGUGAGAAAUGGGCACUGUCACACACACAAGCGAUAAACACUAAAUUUGUAUUUUUUUUAAAGCCGUGUACUUAGUGAAGUCUAAGAUAAAAGAAACGUGUCAGUACUGUCGCGAAACUUUAUUUUCUAAAUUGAAAAGCGUAUUUCAUUGGCGCGGCUAUAUUUAAGUAUUAUUUUGUAACUUUAAUUGGUAUCAUUAAUAUAUUUUAAGAACUCGUAUCAAAGUGCGCAUUUAAACAUAGUACUUAUAUUAUUUAUCAUCUUAUUUGAGAGAAACUUAAGUUAAUAUGAAUUGAGGUGUGUAAAACUAGUUUAAAUAUAACUUUAAGUGAUAAUAUAUCGUAUAUUACGUCGAAUCAAUGGAAACAUUAUUAACACAUUAAAUAUUCAUAACUCAUGGUGAUAAUAAAAUAAUAAUUAUUAGUUAUUGCUAGAUAUAUUGUCUAAUUGUAAAGGUUUAUGCGAGCCUGGUGACUGUAUGUCCUUGAGGUAAUGUGUACUACGCAUCAAAGAAGCUAUUCCGAACAAAUUAUAGAGCGCAACCUGACGACAGCGGACCAAACACUUUGACAAUAUUCACAUUCAUUCAAUCUCAAAAUUUACAUUAAACCUGUGAACUGCAUAUGAAGUCCUGGUACAUGUUGCUAAGAAGACACAUGAUUUCAACCGCUAUGAAAUACAUUACUAUCACCGCUACCAUAUGUAUGUUCUCCUGGUGUCGGGCAGAAGUGAAAACUUGGACAUUAACGUUGUGCAUUUUUGUAUAUUUUGGAAUGGCUAGAGAAUAAUUUCGCACGAAUUGCUUUAUUUAUCAGCAUAAUAUGUAUUAGUAUUUAUGUGUUUAAAUCAUCCAAUAUAUGAGUCGUGUUUUAUAUGUGAUUAAAUAUUAAUAUUUUUAUCAUAAAAAGUAAUAUAGAAUGAACUGUAUUAAUAUAAAUUAUCGUAUAUUAUAACAGUAUCUUCACAAGGCAUAUAUUAAACAGAACCCAGUAAUCAAAUGCAUGUUAUUGCAACGAACGCUCAGAAUAGACUAAAUGAGUUGACUACAGUUGGCUAGAUCUUUGGUUGCCAUCUUUUAUUAGUAGAAAUAGAGUAGUAUAUCUAAUUUCAAAGGAGGAAAUUAAAGAGUACGGACUUCCAAAAAAGAGUAUCACUUAUUUUAUAUCUUUAAAAAGGUAUUUUAUUGUACUUUUUGUAGCACAUAACAAUUUUUCACUAUAAAAUUAAUGAUUUACUUACUUUACUAAUUUUUAUACUGAGUAUCAAUUCGAGCCUUAUUUUAUAGUAUGUAGUACAUAUUACCUCAAUUCUGUUUGUAUGGUUAGUCUUAGAUAGUAUAAAUAAAUGUAGUUGAAUCCUUUCACACCAAAUAUAGUGUGCAUUAUUAGUUUAAUUUGUAAUAAUAACAAGAGCAUUGUGUUUUCUUUAAUUAACGUGAGUAUUACACAUUUAUAUAACACAGUUUUUGAAGGAUUAAAACGCGUGUAAUUGUAACUUUGUUUUUACAUUAGAUUUUUGCGUAAAACUUACAUUUUAUUAUUAAUUUAAUACCACCUCCGAGGCAAUAAAUGGCGCUGAACUUCAUAGUGACAACUAUGACAAAUACUAUCUUGACACGUUCCAUCUGCAGUCCCCCUGUUAACGAGAUCUGGUUAAACGUUAACUAAAAUAAUAAUAAUAAGUAACUUGUACGCAAAACUCUAUUGAAAAAAUAAAGUUUCAAUAACACAAGAUUUAAAAGUGUUUUAUUUAAAUAACAAGAACAUUUAAAAGUUGUGUAAGAUGCCGUUGGUGACUUUUUAAUUGUCCGCUUUUCAAAGAUUGUAAAAUAAAUAUCAAGCUAUUUUGAACUGUAAAACAAGUUAAUAAGAAAUACAUAUUAUUUAUAUGACAUAUAUUUUUUAUUUUUAUCUGACCGAAUUUCUCAAUUUGUUACACCAAAAGUAUUUCAUCUUAGGCUCAAAGUUUUGUAUUAUUCAAAUGAUAAUUGUUAUGUUUUUAUACUUAAUAUUAAUUGUGAUUGUCUGUUAGCUAAGGAGGUUUUCAAAAGUUCGUAAUUAGGGUGUCUACACACGGGAGUUGCGAACGAAAGGAUUAAUCGGGAAUAAAUUGAUUAAUUUUACACAGGAUUUUUGCGUGCAACUUUCUGAACGUUGUUGAUAUAUCGUGCCCUUUAGUGACCUAAUAUACAAGAUUGAGAUGUCAUAUUAAAUCAAUUAUAUCAGAGCUUCUAGAAAGUGCUAAGAAUGCGAGUUUCUGAUAACAUAAUUAAGUGUCACGCACUUCUUAAUUCAAACAUAAAUCGUAAAACAAAAUCGGGGCAUUUCGUGGCGGCCAUUUUAUCAGUCACUUUGGGAUUGAAGAAUUGAUAUACAAAAUCGUACCUUUAUGUAAUAUUUUUAAAUAAAUGCCGUAAUUUAUGCAUGCAUUGCGUACAGACGGACGCAGUACGAUGUGAUCGGGGUUUUAUCACAGUACACUACUCCUCUCGUUGCCGCAGAAAAUCCGGUGUCUGCUCAUUCCGUAUCUCACUCGCAUUAAAAACUUGAAACCUUCUUCGAAUCCAUAAUUGGAUCAAGUAAUCUUGACAAAUCGUAUUUAUUCUAUCUAAACCCACUGAACCCUGUGAUUUUUAUUAGUAAAUAUUAUAUAGAGUGGGAAACGUGUUCGUGAACUAAAUGAACUAAGAUAGGAAUAUAAUAUCUGGAAGCUUUGUUUCUUAUUGUAAAUCAAUCGAAUUUUGCCUCAACUCAAUGUUAAUCCUUUCGUAUUUUCAACAGCAUUGCGUCGCUCCCAACCGUGUAGGACACCCCAUUAGAUAAGUAAUUAAAAGAUCAUCACAUGGACUGUUGCAAGACACAAAAUACAGUUGUUAUAUUAAAUAUAAUAAUAACAUGUUCCGGUCCAAAAGCUAUACACAAAUCUAAAAUCUACAAUUUUCUUACGACUUUUACUUUUAAAAUUUUUAAUUAAUGUUGAUAAGUUUUAUAAAUAAUUCUAAUAAAAAGUAGAUCUACGACAAAAUCUUUUUAAAGUAAAAACACAAAAAGGAUACAAUAUUGUGUUGAUUGGAAAAAAAAAACAAUAAUAGUUUGUACAAUUUCGUUAAACCAUAUUUUUGUGCUGGGUUUAUUAUAUUUUAUAUCCUAACCAGAAUUGUAUGGAGAAACGCAGGAAGUAAAAUAGUAAAUAUUAAUUUUAAUACAAUUCCCAACAACUACCUACAGUAAUUUUGGUUUAUUGGUUUUAAAUUAUGACAAGCCCGAAAUGAAAUGUUGAUGGUUGUUUAUGGUUGAUUUUUAGCGCAAAUGUGGAAUGUAUUUUCACGGUUAAUAAAAUUUAUAAGUUGUA